AUGGAUCCCGACCCAGCCAACGAGAAACAUAUCUCCGAGAUUUCAGGGGCUGAUCUCAAGCACUCCCUGACGCCACCAGGUGAUCACCAUGGCGCAUAUCUUGACCCCUCCAUCAUGGAGGCGGAUUACGAGGGCAAGCCGACGGAGGAGGAGCUGAAGACGCUGCGUCGCGUCCCAGGAAGUCUCCCUCUGAUCGCCUACCUCAUCUGCAUCGUCGAAUUUUGCGAGCGGGCGUCAUACUACGGCGUGCAGCCCCUCAUCAGCAACUUCGUCAACCGACCGCUUCCUGUCGGCGGUAACGGCUGGGGCUCACCGCCCCGGGGCACUCAACAGACCGCUGGUGCUCUCGGCUUGGGCACUGUCACCUCCAAUGCCGUCAGCCAGUCCUUCAGUAUGCUCGCCUAUGGCCUUCCCAUCUUCUUUGGCUAUCUGGCCGACGCUCGCACCGGUCGCUUCAAGCUCAUCUGCUGGGGCAUUGUCGUCUUCGGUAUUGCCCACAUUCUCAUGGUCGUCUCCGGCUCCAAGACCCUGCUCGAGAACGGCAACGCCAAGGUCCCCUACUUCCUCUCCGUCUACAUUCUCGCCAUUGGUGCUGCCAUGUUCAAGCCCAAUGUGUCUCCCCUCUUGCUUGACCAGAUGGUCAACACCGUCCCCAGGGUCAUCGUCACGAAGAAGGGCGAGCGCGUCAUCGAGGACCCCGAGGCUACCACUGAGCGUGCUAUGCUCUGGUUCUACCUGAUGAUCAACAUCGGUGGCUUCAUGGGUGUCGCCACGUCUUACUCGGAGAAAUACGUCGGGUGGUGGCUUGCCUUCCUCAUCCCUCUUCUUCUCUACCUGCCGCUGCCUCUGCUCAUGUGGUUCCUGAAGGACCGCUUGGUUCUGCACCCGCCAGCUGGCAGCGAUCUGCCCAACGUCUUCCGUGUUCUCGGUGUUGUUAUCCGCCGGGGAGGCCUCAAGCGCUUUGGCCGCAAGGGCUUCUGGGACCUGGCCAAGCCAUCCAACAUUGCUGCUUCUGGCCUGAACAUCAAGACCGAGUGGAACGACGAGUUUGUCGAGGACGUCCGCCGCACGUUCCAGGCCACUGGUAUCUUCUGUUUUUUUCCCAUCCAGUACCUGAACGACAACGGUAUUGGCUCUGCCUCCAGCUUCCUGUCGACCAUGCUCACCACCAACGGCGUGCCCAACGACGUUAUUGGCAACUUCAACUCGCUUAGCAUCAUCGCCUUUGCCCCCAUCCUGAACUAUGGUCUCUAUCCCCUGCUGCGCCGCUUGAACAUCCACUACGGCCCCAUUGCCCGUGUCAGUACCGGCCUGGCCAUGUCGGCUAUCGGUGGUGUCGGCUACACCGUUCUCAACUACUAUGCCUACAAGAAGUCCCCUUGCGGUCACUACGGCUCCAGCGACUGCACAGUUGGCACUGGUGUGGCACCCAUCACUAUCUGGUGGAUGGCUAUUCCCUACGCCAUUGGCGGUAUCAGCGAGCUGUUCGUCAACGUCCCAGCCUACGGUAUUGCGUACUCUCGCGCCCCUGUGAACAUGCGCAGUGUCGUGUCGGGUAUCAACCUGUUUAAUACGGCCAUCGCAUAUGCCAUCGGCCUUGCGUGCUCGUCUGUCAUCACCGACCCGUACCUUACCUGGGACUUUGGCGGUCCGGCCAUCACCGGUGCUGUCCUCAGUGUCAUUUUUUACUUCAUGUUCCGCAGCCUUGAUAAGGAGGAGUACGUUCUUAGCCAAAACAAGGACUACCACAUGGAGCUGGAGGGUACCGAAAACGUUGUCGGCACCAACGAGAUGAACAAGUCGAUUAACAUGCCUGCCCCGAUUCAAGAGAACGAGGAAAUGAUGAUGUCUCCUAAGCAGUAA